AUGGCGGUCGUCAACAUGCCAGAGGGAGGCAACGAACCCCAGGAAGACCCCAUCAGUGGGGAACUUUACCAGCUUGAGAUAGAACGCCAGGAGGCGGAGCGUGACCACGACAUCAGGGAGACUCGUUCCAAUCGCACUCGGCCUCAGGAAGAGGACGUCCCUUGGCUGAUGCUUUCUGUCGACGAACAUCCGAAUCCUUAUUCUAGUGAGCAGAGCUCUGAUUUCGGCCUGUACUCAGCCACGGAACCGAUCAGUUCAGCCAGGCAACAGAUCCCACCUCCUCCGAUUGGACCCCCUCCGCCCUAUCCUUACGAGGAAGUUGAGCGUAAUAGAGGUCCCUCGCGUGGUUCGAACUCGAACAGAGAAUCUCGCUCUAGGCGUUUUUGGAAUCGUCUUCGUCGAUCUGAGCGCAGGGCUCCUCCUGUGCGCAGCAUUCUACGCCGGAUCCCACGUCAGACUGGACAUCAGGCUCGUGCCGCGAGUAACGCCCGUGAGCCUCCGCCAUACUCUCGUUUUGAGCCCUCUGGACAGAAUCACGAAGACGACGAUAGUGACUUUGAGGAAUUCAAUCGACUUCUGAACGCUAGAGUUGUGAGAGUACUCGCCCCCGGCCACGAUCGUGCCUUCGACGAAUUCAGUCAAGUUCUGAACGCUGGAAGAGCUGAACUGCGUGCACAGAGAAAUCAGCUAGCAUCAACGCAGAAUCCUGCAGACAACGACAUCUACAGCGACGUCAGCCAGUACUUUCAGCUUCUGAGCACUGGACAGCUUCCAGAGAGCGAUCACGACGAGCCAGGUGAAAGUGCAAUAGACGAUCUCGAAGGAGACCCUGAGCUCCCCCCAUACUCUCCUAACGAAGAAUACACAGGACAGCUGGAAGUCGACCCGUGGGAUAGACAAGACCCGUGGGACUUCUAUCUGGCUGCUAUCGAGGCUGGACAAGAUCCGCUGGAGGGACAGCUAAGAAUAUUCCCUGACCUGCUCGAAGUGCACGACGAGUGGCUCCGCACUAUUGAGCGCAAUUAG